UCCAUCUUCAGUUUACUGUUCUCUGUCGCGGGUGUAUUACAUUUUCAUUCAUAGCUAUUGACUUGUAUCGUGCGCCGUCUGAAGUUGAACCGUGGACAUCGUGUCCAACAUUAUUAUAGCUUCGUACUGUGUUCUGUUGAUUGGACGAUUAUUUUUUCAGCGAAAUAAUAACCAAGAGGCCGAGAAUGGACGUAUCACGUUCAAAUGAUGCCUUUAUUAAAGGAUCAGUGCCGGAUGAUUUUACGCCACGGGACUAUCAGCGGCAAAUGAAGGAGAUUUGCAUGAAGAAAAAUACAAUCGUGUAUUUGCCGACUGGAGCAGGCAAAACCCACAUCGCCCUGAUGGUUCUAAAGGACAUGGGCCGGGAUCUAGUCAAACCAUUGACCGAAGGCGGAAAACGUUCGUUUUUUAUAGUCAAUACGGUCGCUCUCGCUAAACAGCAGGCGGAGUUCAUCGGGCGGAACGUACCAUACGCAACGUCCAUUUACACCAGCGAUCGUAACGUCGACACCUGGAAACAGGACCAGUGGUUAGCAGAAUUUGCCAAGUAUCAGAUUAUAGUAUGCACUUGCCAAAUUCUACUGGACGUUAUGAAACAUGGUUAUCUGUCCCUGAAACACAUCAACUUGAUUGUAUUCGAUGAGUGUCAUCACGGCGUUGGUGAUCACCCGAUGCAUGGUGUUAUGGAGCAGUUUCUGAGGGUGCCAAAAUCUGAACAACCUCGAGUGAUUGGAUUGUCCGGAAUGCUGCUCUACAAGGAACUCAAACUAGUCGAGCAAGUGGCACCACAACUCGAGCGGCUCGAAAACACCUUCUAUGCAACAAUCGCCACUGUUGGAAGUGUCGAUGAGUACACGGAGGUGUGCAAGUUUUCCACUAACCCGUCAGAGUUACUUCUGAGUUACAGUGCUACGAUUCGAUCCGCGACGAUCUGUACAUUACAAAAAUGUAUUGACGAUUUUGCAGCAACAGUGGCUUGUUACCAUCUGCCAAAGUAUUCACAGCAGAAUAAAUCGCUGCAGCGAGAUAUGCCCAAGCCGAAAAAGGUGAUUGUUAAAAACUUUAAUGAGUUGAAGUUCCACAUGGACGAGAUGGGUUUAUUCGGGGGAUCUAUCGCACUACUCGGACUGAUUGUGCAGUUUGAAUUGGAUAAACGCACAUCUGAUAGUUCUGCCUUGAGGCUGCUGUAUCGAUCUUGUAUCACGUUUUGUGAAAGCCUCCGCCAUCAGAUGGAGAAGCUUAUGUCUGGGAUAGACAUAAAGGAAAAGUUGACAAUGUUUUCUUCCACGAAGGUACGUCAACUGAUUGCUCGCCUUGAGGACAUAUAUAAAGGGCACGACGACAACAUGAACAUGAAGACUCUAAUUUUUGUUGAGCGUCGUUACACCGCCAAGGUACUCUACCAUUUAUUGAAAAUAUACUUUUCUCUCACGGAUAACGUCGAAUCGAUAGUACCCGAUUUUAUGGUUGGCAGUAACGGUACGAUGCCAGAGUCUAUCGACCAGAUUUUGAACGCAAAAAAGGAUCGUAAGGUACUGGAGCGGUUCCGGAAAAACGAAACAAAUACGAUCAUAACUACAAGGGUUCUGGAAGAAGGAAUCGACCUUCAGAUGUGCAACGUGGUGAUUAAAUAUGACCACCCCCAAACGUUUGCCUCAUAUGAGCAGUCCAAGGGGCGUGCCAGGAUGAAAAAUAGUUCAUACGUCGUGAUGCUCGAUAACUCAAAGAAGGAUGACUUUGUGAAGAAAUAUAGACUAUACAAGGCUAUUGAAACUGAACUACAGAGGUGCCUUGUUGGCAAAACCAUUAAUCGGCCGGAACCGUUAGAAUCAGACGUCCAUAACGAAUUGUGCAACGAAUUAAUUCCACCUUUUUAUACCUCGAAAGGGGCCAAACUGGAUGCCCUUUCGUCGAUUCAAUUGCUCAACAGAUACUGCAUGGGUAUGCCUCGUGAUGCAUUUACGAACACGAAUGUUUCAUGGGAACGUACCGAUCUCAAGAAUGGGCACGUUAUCGUCAGUGUGCUGCUGCCGUUACAAUCGACUAUCAAAGAAAAAGUGUCUGGUAAUCCGAUGCCAAACAUAAAGCUGGCGAAACGUUCAGCCGCAUUUAAUGCAUGCAAAAAACUUUAUGAACAUUCUGAGUUGAACGAACACCUAAUUCCAAUUGAUUCCAAACGUAAACUUGAUACUGUUGCUGAUGUUUACUUCAAUCAUUGGAAGGAAUUCAGUAAAGAUCCACCGAAGACGGCGGGAACACAGAAGUGUGUUCGAAAUCAUGCAAUUGUAUAUCCACAGGAGACGACAAAUUGUUGUCCUCAGCCUGGGCGACCAUGUUACAUCUACAUUUUGCGUGUGACAGCAGGCUUUACCGAAGACAUCGCCGAUAUAAAUACAAACAUUUUCCAGAAACUGUACGACAGUGAGAAUAAUUAUGGCAUAAUGACGACCAAGCCACUCCCCGUACUUGCAAAGAUGAAAUGUUUCGUAACGUUGGGUCUGAUUAAUGUCCACCUGGACGAAACCCCCAUUACACUUUCCAACGCUGGUUCCGCAGGAGAGCUAGAACGUCUGCGACACUUUCACGUGAUGAUCUUCCGUGAUAUGUUGAAGCUGUGGAAGCAAUUUUUAGUGUAUGAUUACAGCAACGAAGCGAAUAGCUUUCUUGUAGUGCCUCUCAAAAAUUCACAAUACAUCGAUUGGGAUCUGGUGAAGGUAUUCCAGCAGUUGAAAGAACCACCAUCGGAGCUAGCAGUGUGGGUGCGAGAGAAAGCACAGUUCGACCCCAACUGUUAUCGGCAUCGGGUUAUUCUACCCUGGUAUAAGACCAGCAGAGAUCGUAAUUACGUCGUAACGAUAGUGCAUGAACAUAUGACGCCGAAGAGCCCCUUCCCUAAUCUGGAAUACAGCUCUUAUGAAGACUACUUCAAGCAGACCUAUCACCAACAAGUGGUCAAGCACGACCAAUUUUUAAUAGAAGUCAAGGGCAUAACCACCCAUCUAAAUCUACUCAGGCCUGGUAUGGACGACGACGGGAAGAAGGCUCGCGCCAAAAACCGCCGAUACAAUGAGAUUCUGAUUCCCGAGCUGUGCCAUAACUACCAGGUCCCAGCCGAUUAUUGGCUAAAGGCAACGUUACUCCCGAGUGCUCUGCACCGUUUGCACUACCUGCUAUUGGCGGAAAAGAUUCGAGUGGAUCUGGCCACGUCAAUAGGCGUUGGUUGUAGAGAGAACCUUGGAAUCAAGGAUUUGGACGUUGAAUACACGGAAAGAGAUAGCGCAUCUGAUUUGCUUGAUCCUGAUGGUUUACAGUUCGGGGAGGAUAGUGACAGCGAGGACGAGGAUGAUGAGAACGAUGGUUUCGAUUAUGAGAAUUUCAAGGAAUCGCUCGACAAACCGUUGGAUCUGAACGAACUCAUGCGCAAUCAGCUGAAUUCCUUUUCGGGAGAAAUACAACUACCGUGGGCCGAGGAAGAGGAACCGGUAGAUAUUGAUCGUAACUGGGAUCAGGUGUCCAAAAUCGACCUUGAUUACUACGAUAGUUUUCUUAGGAAAUUCACCAAUCUGGAUGUUUCCGAGAAAAUUGCCAGCCAACUCAGCUCGUGCUAUUCCAUAGCGACUCGGGACAGCCCCGAAAAGGUGAAGGCGCUGAUGGAUGCACCGCUAGAAAUGAAGUUCGAUAUUAAAAUUUUGCACCUCAAGCUGAAAAAUACGGCGAACAUUAAUUUGCAACAGAGCGAUAUAAUCAAAGCGCUAACCACAAAAUCAUCUGGCGAUGUAUUCGAUUUAGAGCGGUACGAAAUAUUGGGAGACGCAUUCUUGAAGUUUGCCGUGUCGGUGUAUUUGGUUAAAAAGCACCAAGACUGGCAUGAAGGAUUUUUGACGGCGGUGAAAGGCAGAAUUGUGAGCAAUCGCAAUUUAGUUUACUGUGCAAUGCAGUAUGGAUUGCCUGGGAUGCUCAAGGUCCACACAUUCGAUCCUAAAAACGACUGGCAGCCUCCGUUAGCUACGGUUCCGACUAAUAUAAAACGGGCAAUGGCCGAAUUGGAGCAUUCUACUAGGAUACUCUAUCGUUUGACGGUAUCUGAAGAAGAAAUCAAAAAAGGGGCUAUACAGACGGAAAAUUUUGAAAACUUCAUUACGGAGCUUGACGUUCAGAAGGGCGCACCAGACAAAUCGCCGAUGCAGAAUUAUAUCUCGCAACAAGGUAUGGGUGAUAAAACCCCCGCAGAUGCAGUGGAAGCAUUACUAGGAGUAUGUGUUAGUUCUGUGGGCAUUCAAAGAUCGUUCAAAGUGCUGUCGCACUUUAAAAUCCUUCCAAAAGCCGACAAUCUUCUUACCUUGCUGGAAGGAAAAAUCGACGGAAACAGACUGAAGACGAACAUUACGAGUAGGGAAACGGAUGCCUUUUUAGUGAGCCACGCACGGAUUGAGAAAAUUUUGAAUUACACGUUCAGAGAUAGAACCUAUCUCCUGCAAGCUCUGACACAUGCCUCCUAUCCAACGAAUCGUAUUACCGGUUCCUAUGAACAGCUAGAGUUCCUCGGGGAUGCAGUGCUAGAUUUUCUUAUCUCAGCAUAUAUUUAUGAGCAAAACCCAACGAUGAAUCCCGGCCAGCUCACCGACCUAAGAUCAGCCCUAGUCAACAACGUGACGUUGGCGUGUGUUUUGGUUCGCUAUGGUCUCCAUCUGUACAUCCUGUCGGAAUCGGCAUCGUUAACGGAUUCAGUAAACCGGUUUGUCACCUUCCAAGAAAAGCAACAGCAUAAGAUCACGGAUCAGGUGAAUCUUCUGGUCGAAGAGAACGACCGAAAAAUGGCAGAGUUCGUUGAUGUGCCGAAAGCUCUGGGGGAUGUGUUCGAGAGUCUCAUCGGAGCAAUCUUCCUGGACUCGGGUAACGAUCUCGAGGCUACCUGGAAGGUCAUUUACGGACUGUUGCAUCAGGAAAUUAUUGCUUUCACGAACAAUACACCUAUGCAAAUCAUCCGCCAGUUGUAUGAAUUCAAGCCUGGCUGUUCGCCAUCGUUUAGUCAGGCCAUCGUGGACGAUGACACGGUAAUGGUAAAAUUGCAUUACACCAUUCGAAAUCAAAAACAUCUGGCGUACGGCUUCGGCCAGAACAAGGACGACGCCAAACGGGCCGCGGCCAAAGCCGCUCUUCAAGUUCUACAUCGUCGGUAUGACUAGGGAGAUAGUUUCGUUUG